GUGUUUUUUUUUUUCACUUGCCUGUUUUGUUUUCGGGCUCAGAGGACCACCACCUGCACCUGAGCCUGUAGGCUGAAGUCGACAUGGCUCCAGAGAAGGAAAGCAACGGUCUCGACAACUAUGCAUUCGCACUUGAAGGGCGCUUUUGUGAUCUACCGGACACAAAACCGGGAGAAGAAAUGGACGCGUCCACGGAGGGGGACAGCAAUAAGCUGGCGUACUGUGUAACAGAUGUUCCUCCCUGGUACCUGUGCAUCCUUCUAGGCAUCCAGCACUGUCUGACUGCGUUUGGAGGCAUCAUCGCCAUCCCCUUAAUCCUGUCUCAGGGGCUGUGUCUGCAGCACGACGGCCUCACGCAAAGCCACCUCAUCAGCACCAUCUUCUUCGUCUCCGGCAUUUGCACUCUGUUGCAAGUCACCUUCGGCAUUAGACUGCCCAUUCUCCAAGGUGGUACUUUUACAUUAUUGGCACCUUCCAUGGCAAUGCUGUCCAUGCCGGAGUGGACGUGUCCUGCUUGGACCCAAAAUGCCACCCUGGUCAACACCUCCUCCCCAGAAUACAUAGAAGUGUGGCAGAGUCGAAUGAGGGCACUGCAGGGAUCCAUCAUGGUGGGCUCCCUCUUGCAGGUGUUCGUUGGUUUCUCUGGCCUCAUUGGCCUCUUCAUGCGCUUCAUUGGACCUCUCACCAUCGCUCCCACCAUCUCUCUCAUUGGACUGUCCCUGUUUGACUCAGCUGGUACCAGUGCCGGUAACCACUGGGGCUUGGCUACCUUAACCACAGCACUGAUCACCCUGUUCUCUCAGUACCUCCGUCACAUACCUGUGCCAUUCCCUUCAUACAACAAGGAUAAAAAACUGCACAUCUCUCGUGUCUACGUCUUUCAGAUCCUCCCUGUGCUGCUUGGAAUCACUAUUUCUUGGCUAAUCUGCUACAUCUUGACAAUCUACAACGUACUUCCUACUGAUCCACAGCGGUACGGUUACAUGGCACGCACUGAUCUAAAGGGAGACGUCAUGAGCCAGGCUCCAUGGUUCACUUUUCCAUACCCAGGUCAGUGGGGGAUGCCAACUGUGAGCUUGGCAGGGGUGGUUGGCAUCUUGGCCGGUGUGAUUUCCUCCAUGAUAGAGUCUGUCGGGGACUACCACGCUUGUGCCAGACUAUCCGGGGCUCCACCUCCCCCUAAACAUGCCAUCAACAGAGGGAUUGGCAUUGAGGGACUGGGCUGCCUGCUGGCCGGAGCCUGGGGCACGGGAAACGGGACCACCUCAUACAGCGAGAAUGUCGGCGCGCUUGGUAUUACAAAGGUUGGCAGUCGCAUGGUGAUAAUAGCCAGCGGAGUCUUGAUGGUUGUCAUGGGUGUGUUUGGUAAAGUGGGCGCUAUAUUCACCACUAUCCCGACACCCGUGAUCGGGGGCAUGUUCAUGGUUAUGUUUGGCGUCAUCUCUGCAGCAGGAGUAUCUAACCUACAGUACGCAGACAUGAAUUCAUCUCGAAACAUCUUCGUUUUUGGCUUCUCCAUGUUCUCCGGUCUGGUCAUUCCUAACUGGAUAAUAAAGCACCCCGAUGCUAUUGCUACAGGUGUGGUUGAACUCGACCAGGUGCUGCUGGUCCUCCUGACAACCAGUAUGUUUGUUGGAGGUUUCUUUGGCUUCAUACUGGACAACACAAUCCCAGGAUCAAAGCAUGAACGAGGCAUCCUGGCCUGGAACAAGGCUCACGAGGACGACUCCAGCAACACGCUGGAGAGCGGAGAAGUCUACAACCUUCCCUUUGGCAUCACGUCUUACUUGUCUUCUUCCUCCUGGCUCCGGUACAUACCUUUCUGCCCUCCUGGUGUGCCCACUUCACUGGAUGGAUCUGGAACAGAUACUAAUGCCCUGGAGCCAAAGCAGCCGCUGGGACAUCCAGAGCCGUCGCAGAUCAUUAUCGGAGUCGCCAUGUGAGCGGUGCGCUCACCUCAGCAUGC